CUCGCCGCCUCGGGAGGAGUGAGUUGGUGGCCGAGCCCGGCGGGUUGUUGGCGGCGGCGCAGGGUGGCGGAGCCCGAGGGGCAGGGGCGGGCCGGGUUGCCGCCAUGGCCGGGAGUCAGGACAUGUUCGACGCCAUCGUGAUGGCGGAUGAGAGGUUUCAUGAGGAGGGGUAUCAGGAAGGCUAUGAAGAAGGCAGCAAUUUGGGUAUAAUUGAAGGAAGACAACAUGGCACGUUACACGGAGCUAAAAUUGGAUCUGAGAUCGGGUGCUACCAAGGUUUUGCCUUUGCCUGGAGAUGUCUCCUGCACAGUAGUGCCACUGAGAGAGACAGCAAAAAGAUGAAAGUCGUAGAAUCGCUGAUCGGAAUGAUUCAGAAAUUCCCCUAUGAUGACCCUACUUAUGAUAAACUUCAUGAAGACUUAGACAGAAUUAGAGGGAAAUUUAAACAGCUUUGUUCAUUACUAAAUGUUCAGCCGGACUUUAAAAUUAGUGCACAAGGUUCUGGACUUUCAUUCUGAGGAUGACAGAUGAACAAAGACGAAACAUCAAGGAACAGAUGUCCGUAUGUUAAGUGUUUAAAAAUGUGAUUAAAGGCAAAAUGAUG